AUGGGAAGAGCAAAGAUACAAAUAAAAAGGAUUGAGAACAUGAUGAACAGACAAGUAACAUUCUCAAAGAGAAGGAAUGGAUUGCUUAAGAAAGUUUAUGAACUUUCAAUUCUCUGUGACAUUGAUAUUGCUCUCAUUAUGUUCUCUCCAGCUGGAAAGCUAGUCAUGUUCUCAUCAAAGAAAAGUUUUGAAGAUAUUCUUACAAGGUUCCUUGCAGAUCUCCCUCAAAAUCAAAGAGAAAUCAAGUGCAAUGAAGAGUUAUUGCAAACAUCUCUUCAGAAGUUAAAUUAUGAGAGUUCAUUAGCUUCUCAGUGUUCUUCAUCCAGCUCAAGAGAUUCAAUCAGGAAGAAUAUAGAGGACCUUUGUAAUGAGAUAAAGGAAUGCAAGAUCAAAUUGGAGGAAGACACAAAGAAAUUAAGGAUUCUACAUGGAGAUGUGAGUAAAAAACUAUCUAUGAAUGAAGUUGAAGAGCAUGAAGUCAUAUUAAAUGAAGCUUUGAGCAAAGUGUUACAAAAAAAG